UAUAAAUACUAAACCCGCGAACACCUCAUUUCUCAUUUCACAACUUUCUGUUCACCGUCACUCCAUCAUUCCGGCGACUCUCCGUCUUCUUCCGUCGACUCUCCGUCUCCAAUGCCUCUCGAAGGGGAACUCGAAGUGAUAUCGCAAGAAAUGGUGGAAUCUGGUGACGAUUUAGGUCAAUUUGAUGCACGGUUUGUGCCUAUAUGUGCUUCUUUAAUCCUUUCAAAUGAUUAUCCCUUUGAUUUUUUUGAGCGCGGUCCAGUAAAGCAAUUCACCAACGUCUUAAAUCCAGAUGUUGUUGUGCCUCCUAUAAAUGCUAUUAAGGCUUAUAUCUUUGAUUUGUACAUGAAAGAGAAACUCAAGCUUAAACAGGAAUUGGCUAACAUUCCUAAUAGGAUAUCUUUAACUGUUGAUUUGUGGGAAUCUUGCACUACUGAGACUUAUAUUUGUUUAACUGCUCAUUUCGUUGAUGCGAAUUGGAAGUUGAAUAGUAAGGUUCUCACUUUUUGCACUGUUGAUCCUUGUGGAGAUGAGAUGUGUGAGAGAAUGCUUGAGUUUUUGAGUGAUUGGGGAAUAGAGAAAAAGGUUUUUUCUCUCACUUUAGAUGAUUCAUCUGAGAAUGACAUUUUGCAAGAAAAAUUGAAAGCUCAACUUGGUUUGCAAAAUGGUUUGUUGUGUGAUGGAGAGUUCUUUCAUGUGCAUUGUUUUGCACGUGUUUUGAAACUGAUUGUCCAGGAGGGAUUAAAACUGGUUAGUGAUGCCGUGUGUAAAAUUAGAGAGAGCAUCUUGUUUAUGAGGGAUUCUAAAAGUAGAAGGGAAAAGUUUAAGGAGUGUGUUGAAAAGGUUGGUGGUGUUGAUAGUUCUGUUCGCUUGCAUCUGGAUAUGUCUAUGACUGUGAACUCAACUUAUUUGAUGCUUCAAAGUGCUCUUAAAUAUAGGUGUGUGUUUGAAAAUUUUCAUUUGUACGAUGAUGAUUUUGAGUUGUGUCCUUCAGUAGAAGAGUGGAAAAGAGUAGAAAAGAUUUGUGCAUUCUUGUUGCCAUUUUGGGAAACUGCUAACAUGAUUAAUGGCACAACACAUCCUACUUCAAACUUGUAUUUUUUGCAAGUUUGGAAAGUUCAAUGUGUUCUAGUUGAUAGUUUGAGAGAUGAAGAUGGACUUAUAAAGGGGAUGGUGGAAAGGAUGAUGAGUAAGUUUGAGAAAUAUUGGGAUGAGUAUAGUGUGGUUGUUGCUUUAGGAGCGGUUCUUGACCCAAGGAUGAAGUUUUCAACAUUGGCUUAUUGUUACUCAAAACUUGAUGCAUCAACCUGUGAAAGGAAGUUGCAACAAGUAAAAGAGAAGUUGUACAUGCUAUUUGACAAGUAUACUGGCAAACGUACUUCUGCUGGUGUGCAAAGAACUGUUCGGGACCAAUCUUCUAGCAUGCCAUUGCAAAAGAAAUUGAAGUCUUUACCUCUUGGCAUAUUUGAUGAAUUGAAAAUGCACCAUCAUCAGCUUGUGACUGAAACUGGAAAGUCUGAACUUGAUGUUUACUUAGAUGAGUCAAAUUUGGAUUUUCGUUGUAAUGAAGAUAUGGAUGUAUUACAAUGGUGGAAGAGUAACAAGAAUCGAUUUCCAGAUCUAUCAAUAUUGGCUUGCGACUUGUUAAGUGUUCCCAUUACAACUGUUGCUUCAGAUCUUGAUUUUUGCAUGGGAUUACGUGUCUUUAACAAGUAUAAAAAUCGUAUGUUGCCAAUGAACAUGGAUGCUAGAUUUUGUACUCGCAGUUGGUUGUACAAUUUUGUUAGCAAUGAUGGAGUUGACGACGAUGACUUUGAAGAAAUAAUGAAUGAAAUUGACGCAGAUGAUAAAAUGGAGCAAGCAUCUAACAAUUCUGAUUCUGAAGAUGACGACGAUGGUGAUGAUGAUUGAUUUGCUUGUAUUUAUUUAACUUCGGCUUAUGAUGUUUGUUUUGGUUUUAAUGGUUUGAAAAAUUAAAACUAUAUAUGCUGUUAGGUUAUGGUUUGUAGACUUACAAGUGGAUUUUUAAUGUUUGUGAUUGUGCUCAUGUUUUUAACUAGGAAUAUGUGGAUUUGUUUGCUUUCUAAUGUUGGAUGAAGUUAGUAUAUAAUUCUAUGUUUAAGGAAACAAGACCAUGAUCAAAUUGUAAUUUUCCAUAUCAGUCGAUAUUUUUGUUUUAUUUU